AUGGAGGCAGGCUUUAGUAAAACGGAAUAUAUGACAACGGAUGGGAAAAGAGAUCAACAAAACACAAUACAGUUAGAUGGAGUGAGCAUAAAGAGAGUGAAGAGUUUUAAAUAUCUGAGAGCAAUGACAGAACUAUCAGGAGAAAUGGAUACAGACGUAAACCACCGUGUUCAAAGUGGAGGGAACAACUGGAUGAAGGUGACGGGCGUGAUAUGUGACAGAAGAGUGCCUAUACGACUGAAAGGAAAGGUCUACAGAGAAGUAGUAAGGCCGGCAGUGACGUAUGGGUUGGGAGCAGCUGCACUCAAGCAGGUAGAAGAGAAGAAACUAGAUGUUACAGAAAUGAAGAUGCUAAGAUGGAUGUCUGGAGUGACACUGUUGGACAGAAUUAGUAACGAGGACAUCAGAGGAUCAGUGAAGGCAGUCGAAAUAUCGAAAAAAGUGCAAGAGGCAAGAUUGAGAUGGGUUGGACAUCUAAAGGAACGAUGA